UUUACACAUUACAUUUGUUUUGAAAUAUGCUUUAAAUGAUUGUGUUAUUUCAUCUAUUUAGUUAUUUUGUUAACAAGAUAAUGAAGAAUAUAGGUUUGUUCUAUAAAUGUUCACUUGUUAACGACGAAAAUAAUUGCACAAUUAUUUGCAAGAAAGACGCAGAAUACAAUAUAAAAUUUGACCCCCCAGCAUAUUUGCAAAGAUAUGGGCAGGUAUAUCAAACUUUAUUAAACGAGAAAUGGCGUAAAGACGUUAAUAAGUUAAUUGAUUUUGGCUGUUCAGAGUUUGGUCUGUUUAUUUAUAUAAAAAGAUUAAUAAACUUAAACGAGUUAAUUUUUAUUGAUAUUGAUGAAGACUUGUUACUUGAUAAUUUAUAUAAAUUAAGACCACUAACAGUUGAGUAUUUAAAAAGAAGAGAUAAUCCAUUGAACAUUAAUGUUUUCUGUGGAAGUGUUUCCAAUCCUGAUCCCCAGUUACUUAACACUGAUGCUGUGGUAGCUAUUGAACUAAUUGAACAUUUAUAUCCCGAUGUACUGGAAGCUUUUCCAUAUAACAUAUUUGGUUACAUACAACCAAAAUUAGUUAUAAUUACCACCCCAAAUGCUGAUUUUAAUGUAGUUUUUAAUAAUAAGAAUAUGAAAUUUAGACAUUAUGAUCACAAGUUUGAAUGGAGUCGGCAGCAGUUUGAAGAUUGGGCUUAUAACAUAGUGACAAGAUUUCCUGAAUACGAUGUCUCAUUUGAUGGUAUUGCCUAUGGACCAUCUGGUACUGAAAAAUAUGGUUGCUGUUCCCAAAUGGCCUUAUUUGUUAAAAAAGAAGAAAACUUGGAGUUAUCAAAAAUAAACCUUUGCAAAUGUGAUAAAAAUAAUGUAUGCCAAAGUAAUAAUGAUUGCACAAAAAUGUGUUGCAAUUGUUUAUGUGAUAUUUGUUGCCCCACAUCAUCAUUUGGAGUUUGUACUUACUUCACUUUCUCAAUUAACUUCCCAACCUGUAAGGAUGGCUUCUUUAAAAAUAAGUUUUUAGAAAAAAUUGAGUAUCCUUAUGAACAAGACAGUCGUACACAAGAGGAAAAACUUAUAGAUGAAUUUAAGUACAGAGUAAAUUAUUUUGGACAGCCUUAUGGAAGGUUUUUUAAUGAAGAGACUAACAGAUCUGAGAUUCCUUUGGAUAGUAUACUAUAUGGACCUGAUGGGGCUUUUUUAGGUGUACCGGAAUUAAAUACCCUCUUGCAGAAAAUCGGUUACAAAACCGAAGAAUGCAUAAUACAGGAAACCGGAAGACGUGAAAUUUGCGUUUUGUAUGAACCUGUUAUGGAUGAUACAACCAGUGAAUCAGAGGCUUCUGGUUAUGAAUCAUCUGAAAAUCAAGUUUUUAAAGCUGAAUCGAUGUCGGAUUGGGAUGAAUCCAGCCAAAAAGACAACCAAAACAAACACCGUAAUGAACUAAAAAAACAAAAGGAUAAAAAAGAAAGAAAAAGGUCAUAGAAAAGCGAAUCCCUAGCUGCAACCCCAACAAUUAAAAUAUCACCUUUACUUUUUGACUCAAACAUCCACAGUUCUUCAUUUACUCUAAACUCUCUAACUGAGACAUUUAAUACCCUCUCAAUCGACUCCGAUUUUUUUCAAGAUGCAAACCUAAGCAUGUCGAGUUCUUUGGAUGAACGAAAGUUGUGCGUAACAAGUACCAUAAUUGCUAUAACUCCGGAGUUGUCAAAGUUAGAGCCCGAUAAAAUAAACGAGUUGGAUGCUAUGGGCAACCAAAAUCAGACGUACAAAUUCCCGUCUACUAGGGCCUACAAGAGUUACUUGUCAAAGCAAAACCAGCUAAAGAAUAUUAAAGAGUCACUGCCUGGUCCUUCAAAUGUUAAGAAGAGAAAGAAGUUUAAAAUAACCUGGUGGCCG